UUCAGGGUGUGCUGCGGUUGCACUAUUUCCAAAUUUGGGAGGAAAUAUGAUUCGCCGGGAGAGUUCAUCACUUUUAGAAACAUGUCGAAAACAGAACUCUUCCCAAAGUUUUCCAUAUGCUUGAGGAUUUUGGGAAAUGAUUCUUCUGUCAACAUGACUUAGAGAAUAGAAUUUCCGUUAAACUUGCUUUGGUCUGGUAAUGUUUGCUGCUGAUCAGAUUAGUUCAGUUUCCAAUGGAAAUGCAAAAAGCUGUAUCCAAGCACUUUUAAAGAAUCGUGAGCAGCAUCCACUUUCAUUCCAAAGAUAUCCUCUCAGUGCAAAAGAUCUAUAUUCUUCAAGCCUGCUUGGGAGUGCCUUGACAGGAAAUACGGGUCUUAGUACAAGAACGCACAAUUCUGAGCUUAGUUCUGACCUUCAAGAAUUUGGUACAUUCAGAAACUCGGAGUGCAGCUCUCCCGAUCAGUUAGAAAACCAGAAGGAUUUUAACUACUCCCAGAAGUUGUUUCAUAUUGCAGACGGUAAUUUGUACAGUAUCUUUUCUCCCAUACAAGGUAGAAGCUACGGAAUGAAGCCUUCCUUUUUAAGGAAACAGAAGUAUACAGUGCAGGAAUGUCACAGUCGAGGACGCAAGAAUCUCAGAAAAGGACUCAAGUUCCACAAUUUUUUACCUUCAGAAAGCAUUACUUCUGAAAAAGAUGGGGAUUUCAUGAGAACAAAGUGGAGAGUUCACUCAGAAUGCAGGUUAAAAGAAGAACAUGGAACCAAACAAAUCACAAUUUCAAAUUGGUCACAAAGUGUCCAAGACUCUCCGGAAGGUAGCAGUUCAAAAACUGAGUCACAACCGAUCUCAAAGUUAAGUGAUGACACCUCAAAACCUAGCACGUCUUAUAAAAUCCUGGAAAAUGAAUCUAAAUUCUGUGACAAUAUUGAUCCCUAUGACUUUAACCUAAGCUUAGACAGUUCUUCAGAGUGUUCGGAGUCUCCUACUCCUAGAUCUGUUAUUGAAGAUCUGAAAACCAGAAAUGUGUCUGUUUCUGACAGUGCCAAGAAGGAAGCUCUAAAUUUUGUGCUGAAUGCUUUAAUGGAGAAGCCCACCAGUUUGGAAAAUGCAACUUUCCACUUAGAAAAUAGUGAAACUGUUACAAAACCCUUGCACUUCAAUCAAAAACAUCGUAGAAAGCCUUUGCAAACAAGGCGAAUUGUGCCUUAUGUUAAGUAUUUGUCUUUAAUGGAAGAAAAUAACUGUGUGCCUUUAGAUUUAUCUUCUAAGUGCACUGCAUUUGACAAGUCUUCAGAUUCUCUUAUUAAUAAUUCUUUCGGUAACUUAGAAGAAGAUGCUUGUACUAGGAUAUGUCGAUGGUGA